AUGUUGCGAAUCAAUCGUAUGGUUUGCGACACAAUCGAUUCGAGAGAUUUCCCCGUGCCGAGAUCCGUCAAGCAUUUUAAAUUUGAAGACGAAGCUGCUUAUGAUGUAAAUUUUUUCCAGAAUAUGGAGGAGCUCGAGUCGUUGCAAAUUGGCGGCGACUCUAAAUUCCCCUUACUUGCAUUGGGACGAUUGCCAAGCACUUUGACAGAGUUGGAUAUCCCAUAUUUGAAUUCUUUGGAAACGUGUAGCGGUAUACCAAGAAAAUUAAAGAAAUGGAAGCUAGUUUACGAUGAAUUCGAUUACAGCGACAGCGACGCCCACCAUAUCAGCAUGACAACUGCCGGGUCAAACAAUGUUCCCAGAUUUGAACAGCUUGAGGAGCUUGACAUUGGGUGUUGUUCAUUUUCCAGCUUAUUUCAAUAUGGCGUCUUUACCAAUUUGAAAAAGCUUCGAAUGCAGGUUCCCCAUGGCGGGAUGAGUUCAGAGUGGGAGCUUCUAGCACAGCGGGAGUGUCGAGCUUUGGAAGAAUUGCAAGUCAUUUCCAAUCACUUUCCAACGUUGUUAUUCUGUGCGGAAUAUGAGCUUCCGCGCCUCAGAUUAUUCAAAUACCAGCAAAGUAGCGAAACUGUGGAUCAAACGGAGGAAAUGGAGAGGGAACACGGCGUUGCCUUGCAUUUUCCAAAAAGGUUGGAAAGACUCGAGUUGGAGGUUGGUCCCAAUUUGGUACUAGAUAUGGAAAAGUUUUCCGUUCCCGAGACUUUAAAGGUACUUGUGCUUCGCAAUAAUGUGGACAACUGUAGACGAUUUGAGCAGUUGAAGCUACCGCCCAACUUGGAGAUUUUUGCUGUUCGGGCCGAUGGUGGUAGUGGUGGUGGAGACAUUGAUUUGAAGAAUUUCAUUUUCCCGCUUCAGUUGAAACAACUUUACCUUGAAGGUUUUCAAUGUUUGGACUUGACAGGUUCGAAUUUGCAAGACUUGAACAACUUGGAGCACAUAAAAAUUGAAAACGUACAACAAGAAAAUUCGAGAACAUUCCGAGACCUGGAAGAUGGAAACGGAUUCGUGACGACUUCAGCAACCAAUCAAUGGAGAGGGGAACAAAGGUCAGCGUUAACGCCAGAGCACGAAAUCUAG